AAACAUCGCAGUUUUAUCGUUCAGAGGGAGUGUCAGCCAAUUUACCGAAUGAGGGAUGAAUUCAACAUAGAAAGGAGAGUUAUACAGAUAUUGCUCCAAGAAAGCCUAAUCUAAGAUGGAAGAGUUCGGAAAAGUCAUCAUUUCGGUUAUCUACUUGGUACUCUUUAUCACUGCUAUACUCGGCAAUGUUUUUGUUGUCUAUUUGGUGCUGAGAAGGCCUGCAAUGAAGAGUCCUACAAACCUUCUUUUGGUAAAUAUGGCAGCAGCCGACAUUCUCUUUGCUGUGUUCAUGUUUCCGCUGGCUGUCAUCCGACUUCAUGUAAGAGCUCUCUGGAUCGGAGGUCCUUUUGGUGACUUCACAUGUCAUGUUAUAUUCUUCAUGUCCCAUUUACCAAUUGCUGGUUCGACGACAACUCUAACCUUCAUAGCGUUUGAGAGGUUCUUUGCAAUCGUGUACCCAUACAGGACGAUCAGAAUCUUUCAAAAAGUGUGGGUCAUCACAAUCUGUAUUUGGCUGAGUUCGGCCGUGCUUAUGAGUCCCGUUGGAAUAUCUGCAGUUACUACUGAAAUAAACGGCCAAAUCCAUUGUGAUCGUGACUGGUCCACUUUUGGAGAUCCCGUGAUGAUGAAACGGACAUUUUACGACUCCACAUUUGUCGCCAUGUACGCUGUUCCAUUGCUUGUCAUUGCCGUCCUGUACACUGCAAUCUGUCGCAAGCUUUGGAAGCACAAUGCACCUGGACAACGUGGACCAUUGCAUGCACAACAGAAUAACACGAUUCGAAAACGUCAAAUUAUCACGAUGCUUAUCACCAUCGUCAUCGUUUUUGCACUUUGUUGGCUUCCCACACAUGCCCAGCACAUUCUUUUGUCAUACUUUCCUACUCUCCAUGCGCGCUUUCCACUAGCUGUAAUGGUGUCCAUGAAUCUCUUUGGUCACACAAAUCCUGCCAUAAACCCUUUAAUCCUGUUGGGACUCAAUAAUCGAUUCCGCCGCGAGUUUUUCAAGUUAUUAGCUCGUAGAAGAACAGCUCGUAAUAGAACAGCACCUUUAGAAGAGUCCCCAAAUGUUUCCGAAGAUAUAAGAGUUCAAGAAAAUGGAAUCAAUAACGCUGGAUUACGCACAGAAAGAACGGGUUCUUGAAUGGGUUGUUAAAAAUCUGACGAACGGUAAUCAUGAGCUCACUUGGUUUCAAAAACCAGUUGCUGUCACAGAUAUUACUUAUAUACUUGCCUUAAUUUGGCUUGACACAUCUUGGCGUUAGGAUAUAUUUGAUAUCAUUUAAAGUAACUUGGUAAUAAUAUUGACGUCAUGUAGAGAUUGCCUUUAGUAGAGUGCAUGGAAAUAUAAUCCCAUCAACCUAAA